AUGGUACAUCUUACGCACUCCAGUCUGCACUGGAAACUCCGGUGCAUUGCUGACAGCGACGACGAGAACAUCUCGCCGAACACUGUGGUGCACCAUAAGGCGGAGACCAAGGCCACCACUAGCAGCCAGAGCACCGAGAAUGAGCCCGCCGCUAGCAGCCAGAACGUCGAAGAGGACUUGGAAUCUACUGGUACGUCGGCGCCUCCUUGGCACUCGCCCGGAUACACCAAACGCGUCCCCAAGAACAAGUCAAACCUGCCACCGUCUCAAGAAGACGCCGACACAGUUAGAAGUCCCCAUCCGCCUCGCGCACCAACCAGCCCGACGACUUCGUCCCCUCUACUUCUAGAGACACCUCCAGGGUCCCCUGUAUGCUUUGGCCCACGUACCAAGACACUUGCUGUUCGUUAUAGUGGACGUAAAGCCCGCAUGGAGGCAGCUACACCUUACGCUCGUCCGGAUCACACGGUUUACAACGACGACCGUCCUGUCGUCAAGCCCAACGGUUCCAUGAGCGCGAUAACCGAGCUGCCACGGUACUCACGACCAAGUACUUCACGUUCACGUGAUACAUUCGUACCUGCAAGAUGGUCGUGCCGUGUUGUGCAUUUGCGAGAGCCUUAUAACCCUCUGGCAACUACGUUCCCGUACGUACCAAACUUCGGCUGGUGUGUGUGUUCCGAGUCAUGCCGUGUGGGAACCUGUAGAAACUCGUUGAUGAACGUGUUCUGCAACAUUAACUGCUGUCCGUUCGAAGGCAAAUGCGGAAACGGGUUGCUGGAGUCUACGCAGGUGUUCUUAGGGCGCAGUAUGCAGACAUCGCAGCUUGGAGUGGUGGCUGCAGAGGAUAUUGACGCGGGCGAGGUACUUUGGCAGUACCUUGGGGAGCUCGAACAUGUGAGUGCUUCACGGGCCCUUCGGCCUCGCAACACUGGGUAUCGCCUCGUGAUGAAGCAGCGCCCGGAAACUCCCUCUCACCCGGUUCGAGUGGCUAUUAACGCUGAAGACAUGGGAGGCUUAAUGCGUUUCGCUAAUCACUCGUGCAAUCCGGUUGCUGAGUUCUUGGAGGUGGCAAAUGGCCGCCGAACCACGGUCGUCGUUGCUACGACUCAUGCUGUGCGUCGUGGUGAAGAGGUGACGGUAGACUACGGGGAUGACCUGUGGUUCGUCUGCCGCUGCCAGCUGAAGGAGUGCCGUCACCGCGGGAUUUAA